AUGUCGAAGCCCCACCUGCUGUUGUCGCCGUGGUUCAUCUGCUGCUUUAAUGUUGUUGUUGUUUUCUUCCUUCAGGUAGAUGCAGCAUUUGAGUGCAAUGAUACUGGGGUAUCGUUUGAAAUGUUCCACAUGCACUCUCCCGAGCUAAAGUUGCAGGGAAAGUCUCUUGGAACGUCCAAGACUAGACUGGAUCGCUUCAGGGAAUUGCUUGAGAAGGAUAAUGCCAGGCAGCAAAGAUUGUCAUCACAGCGCCAGCCCCAAAGGCAUAUGCCGGAUCCGACAGCUGAGCUUCCGUUGCGAUCAGGUGCAAGUACUGGAGAUGGGGUGUUCUAUGUAUCGUUCCGAAUUGGAAGUCCUCCGCAGAAGUUUGUGUUGGCGGCUGAUACGGGCAGUGAUCUCACCUGGAUGAAAUGCAAUUUCACUUGCAAAUUUUGUCCAAAGAUCAGUUUUAACCCGGGAAGGGCCUUUCAGGCAAAGGAUUCUCCUUCCUUUCAGACAAUUCCAUGCAGCAGUAAAAUUUGCCAGGAAGAUCUUGUUCGGGUUCGGGCUUUGCCUGAUUGUCCUACACCGGAUACGCCUUGCCUCUUCAAUUACACGUAAUUAUAUUAAUUUUUCUAUCAUCAUCGUCAUCUCAUCUCUAUCACACCGGCAUAUUAUCUAAUACAAUGCCA